ACAAAGGCUUUGUCCAGUUCUUUCUUCUGCAGUCUAUUUUUGAAUGUAGCUGUAACACAGUGUGGCCUUAGAUUUUGCUUAAUUUUGAUUAAACCACAACACGAACGAUGAGUUCAGUCGAGGGUCUUCGAGAGUUUAUCACAGAGAGACUUACUGCUGCUGCUGAAGACAUUUUUGUUGUUUUUAGAAGAACUAUUGUCGAGUACGAGGAGGAGAUCCAUCGUCAGUACAGUCUGCUGGAUAUCGCCUGGAAACCUCACAUCUACCUGCACAGAAUAGAUGUACCGCAGCAGCAUGUGCUGAUGGAGGAAGAGGAAGUUGUGGAUGAGAAGCAGCUCUGUGACCAGGAGAGGAACUCCAGCGUGGACCAAGAGGAGCCAGAGCCUCCACAGAUCAAAGAGGAACAGGAGGAAGAGCAGGUCACAGCAAGGCAGGAGACAGACAUGUUCAUGUUGACUAACCUUAGUGAAGGACUACAAAAUGAACAGCUUUCUAAUGGCUCUCAUGUUGCUGAGAAUCAAAAUCCCUCUGGAAAUGAACAUGAAGACUCAGAAACAUCUAGAAAAUCAGAACCAAAAGAAAAGAAAAAGCUCAUUUGUAACUACCAGGAAGAAUGUGAUGCAUGUGGUCAAGAUCAUAAGAAUAACCCUCUGUGUGUCCACUCUGGUGGGAAGAUAUAUUCAUGCAAGCCUUGCGGGAAAAAGUUCAGCUCCAAGAGGAACCCGAACAAACAUUCAAAAACCCACACAGAUGAGAUGCCAUAUUCAUGUAAGAUAUGUGGGAAAGAAUUCAUUUUUGUUAGUAGUCUGAAAAGCCACAUGAGUACACACACAGGUGAGAGCAGCACCUGUGGAAGAAAAUUCACCCACAUGUCAAAAUUAAUAGUUCAUAAUAGAAUUCACACAGGUGAGAAGCUGUUUACCUGUGAAACAUGUGGCAAGUCUUUUGGAACAAAUGAAAAAUUGAAAAUCCAUAUAAGAACACACACAGGUGAGAAGCCGUUUACCUGUGAAACAUGUGGCAAGUCUUUCGGAACAAACCAGAACUUGAAAACCCAUAUGAGAACACACACAGGUGAGAGGCCGUAUUCCUGCAGCAUCUGUGGAAAAACAUUCCCCAGGAAAUUAGCUUUAAAAACUCAUAAGAUAAUUCACACAGGUGAGAAGCCGUACUCCUGCAGCACCUGUGGAGGGAAAUUCACUCAUAUGUCAAGCUUAGUAGUUCAUAAAAGAAUUCACACAGGUGAGAAGCCGUUUACCUGUGAAACAUGUGGCAAGUCUUUCAGAACGAACGCGAUCUUGAAAAUCCAUAGAAGAGGACACACAGGUGAGAAACCAUUUACCUGCAGCAUCUGUGGAAAAACAUUCCCCACAAAGUCAGGUUUAAAAAUACAUUACAUAAUUCACACAGGUGAGAAGCCGUUCAGCUGUGAAACAUGUGGCAAGUCUUUCGGAAGGAAGAGUAAUUUAAAGGUCCACAUGAGAAUUCACACAAAUGAGAGGCCGUACUCCUGCAGCAACUGUGGAAAAACAUUCCCCAGGAAAUUAGCUUUAAAAACUCAUAAGAUAAUUCACACAGGUGAGAAGCCGUACUCCUGCAGCACCUGUGGAGGGAAAUUCACUCAUAUGUCAAGCUUAGUAGUUCAUAAAAGAAUUCACACAGGUGAGAAGCCGUUUACCUGUGAAACAUGUGGCAAGUCUUUCAGAACGAACGCGAUCUUGAAAAUCCAUAGAAGAGGACACACAGGUGAGAAACCAUUUACCUGCAGCAUCUGUGGAAAAACAUUCCCCACAAAGUCAGGUUUAAAAAUACAUUACAUAAUUCACACAGGUGAGAAGCCGUUUAGCUGUGAAACAUGUGGCAAGUCUUUCGGAAGGAAGAGUAAUUUAAAGGUCCACAUGAGAAUUCACACAAAUGAGAGGCCGUACUCCUGCGGCAUCUGUGGCCGAGGAUUCACCCAUAUAUCAGAACUGAAAGUUCAUAAUAAAGUUCACACAGGUGAGAGGCCAUUUACCUGUGAAACAUGUGGCAAGUCUUUUAGAAGAAACCAGAAAUUGAAUAUCCAUAUCAGAACACAUACAGGUGAAAAGCCGUUUACCUGCGUUACAUGUGGCAAGUCUUUCAGAACAGACACAGAACUGACUGUCCAUAUAAGAAAACACACAGGUGAGAAACCGUUUACCUGUGUAACAUGUGGCAAGUCUUUCAGAACAAACCAGAGCAUGAAAUUACAUAUAAGAACACACACAGGGGAGAAGCCAUUUCCCUGUGAAACAUGUGACAAGUCUUUCAGAACGAACACUCAGUUAAAGUACCACAUGAGAAUUCACUCAAACGAGAGGCCCUUCUCCUGCAGCAUCUGUGGCCGAGGAUUCACUCAGAUGUCAGAAUUGAAAUCUCAUAAUAAAGUUCACACAGGUGAGAAGCCGUUUACCUGUGAAACAUGUGGCAAGUCUUUCAAAACAAAACAGGGCAUGAAAUUACAUAUAACAACACACACAGGUGAGAAGCCGUUUACCUGUGAAACAUGUGGCAAGUCUUUCGGAAUAAACCAGAACUUGAAAACCCAUAUAAAAACACACACAGAUGACAAGCCGUUUAUCUGUGUAACAUGUGGCAAGUCUUUCAAAACAGACACAGAACUGAAUAUCCAUAUAAAAAGGCACACAGGUGAGAAGCCUUUUACCUGUGAAACAUGUGGCAAGUCUUACGCAUCAAACCAGAACUUGCAAAUCCAUAUAAGAACACACACAGGGGAGAAGCCGUUUACCUGUGAAACAUGUGGCAAGUCUUUCAGAUCAAAGCAGAACUUGAAAAUCCAUAUAAGAACACACACAGGUGAAAAGCCGUUUACCUGUGUAACAUGUGGAAAGUCUUUCAGAACAGACAUGGAUAUGAAAAUCCAUAAAAGAACACACACAGGUGAGAAGCCGUUUACCUGUGAAACAUGUGGCAAGUCUUACACAUCAAACCAGAACUUGAAAUUCCAUAUAAAAACACACACAGGGGAGAAGCUGUUUACCUGUGAAACAUGUGGCAAGUCUUACGUAUCAAACCAGAACUUGAAAAUCCAUAUAAGAACACAUACGUGUGAGAAGCCGUUUACCUGUAAAACAUGUGGCAAGUCUUACAGAACAAAUGCAAAAUUGAAAAUCCAUAUAAGAACACACACAGGUGAGAAGCCAUACACCUGUGUAACAUGUGGGACAUCUUUCAGACAGAAACCACAUUUAGAAAAACACUCAAAGGUUCACAGUCGCUGAAGAAGCUAUGAAACAUGUUGCAGGUCUUUUGGAUAAUCAUACCUUUAUGCUUGUUUAAAUGUGAUGAGCUCACAAAGAUGAGAAACUGUAAUUUUGUUAGAUCUGCAGUAGAGGAUUCUUAGUAUUGUUGAUAAUUUUGUUCAAGUGAUCACAGCAUUUUUUUCA